AUGGCCAGAACAAGGGGUAACAGGAGACCUCCGGCAGACGAAGAAUCUGAUAGCGAAGCCACUCAAUCGAUGGGGAAUAGGAAUCGAAAUCGAAAUGAUGUUAAUACGCUGGCCCAUGUGCAUCAACCUCAAGCAGAAGGUGGAAAUGGAGUAGUAGCUCAAUUUCGAAGCAUGGCACCGCCAAUUCUAAGAGGGAAUGAAGGACCCUUAGGGACCGAGGAGUCGAUGCUCCAGAUGGAACGCAUUUUCAACUACAUGCGUUGCAGGGAUGACUUGAAAGUGACAUGUGUAGCCUUCCAACUAACAGACGAUGCAGGACACUGGUGGGAGUCAGAAACUGCUGCCCUUACUGAAGAGCAGAUGAGAGCCAUCACCUGGAGAACGUUCAAGGAGAAAGUGAUGGGAAAGUAUUUCCCAAGGACUUUUCGCAAACAAAAGGAUAUAGAGCUCAUGAACUUGGAGCAAGGAAACAUGACCGUUUUGGAAUACGAGCGGAAAUUUACCCAACUAGGCCGUUUUGCUCCCCACUUGGUGGACACUGAUGAAAAGAAGGCCUGGAGAUUUGAGAAUGGGUUAUGA